AUGCAGCUGGAGCCGGGCUGCUGCCUGUUCGAGCUGCACGUACAGCUGCUGACGCUGACGGCUGAGGCGCGCCGUCAGCUCGGAGAAGCUGGCGUCUUCCUCACCUGGAUGUUCUACAACCAGGACAUUCAUUACACACCUGUGAUGAGAGGAGACCUGAACUUCGACUGUUCUUCGCUAUACAAGCUGUUCGUGGACCGUGCCCUGAUCCAGUAUCUGGCCAACGAGCACGUGACGCUGGAGGUGCACCGCACGGAAGGCGAGGCCGACUGCCGCCAGCUGGGCACGGCCGCCCUCAGCUGCCGAGAGAUCCUCCAGUACCCCAGCAACAGGCUGCACGGCACGGCCGAGCUGGCCGGCCUGGGCACGCUGGUGUACUGGUUCCGCGCCGACGGUCCGCUCCAGGAGUUCCUGCAGCGGGCGCCGCCGGCUGACGACGCUCGUCGCAUGGACGGUGACGCCGGCCGCGGCGGGGACGGCGCCGGUGAUCAGACGAUCGUGGCCGGCUCCCCGGAUAUCUCCAAGCAGGAGCGAAGCGGCGAGACGGCGCCGCCGCCGCCACCGCGCCACUCCGGCUACGCCACGUACACGGAGUCGUCAGCCAGCGACGCCAGCAGCUGCAGACCGUUCGCUGGCGUGUCACUCCCUCUGCCGGUGGUGCCGUGCCGUGCCUAG